AUGGUACAAAAUGCUGCCGAAGGAAAGGAGGAUGCAAGGAGUGUCAAUGCAGAGCAGUCUGAACGCGACAGGUACCAUGACAAAAUUCACCGACGGCGGAUGGGAACACAGGGUCCUGUAUAUACACAAGACAAAGCUGACCGGGUUGACUCCGAAUCAAGCAUACGGAGUGGAGAUAGUUGGAGCCCUCGCUUUGCAGUGUAUGGAGAUUUGGGUACAGGCGGUCAGUCGCUUUCGAUCUUGAAAGAAGAAGCGAAACAAGGAAACUUUGAUGUCAUCCUACAUGUUGGUGACUUUGCGUACGACAUGCACUCGUUACAGGACAAUGCGCGGGUUGGUGAUAAGUUCAUGAACGAGAUUCAACCAAUCGCUGCCCGAGUACCAUACAUGACGUGUCCAGGAAAUCACGACACUGCCUACAAUUUUUCAAACUACAAAAACAGGUUUUCCAUGCCAGGCAAAAACAUGUUUUACAGUUGGAACGUUGGUCCAGCCCACAUUAUAAGCAUUUCCACCGAGUUUUACUUCAGACUCCAAUAUGGAUCGCACCAAAUCGGUAAUCAGUACAGGUGGUUAGAAGCUGAUCUCAAGGAGGCGACGACAUUGAUUAAUCGAGCGAAACGUCCGUGGAUUAUCACAAUGGGUCACAGACCAAUGUAUUGCUCAAACGAUGAUGGCGACGACUGCGCCAAAAAGGAAAGUGUGGUUCGAACUGGUCUUCAUUCAAAAUAUGGAUUGGAGGAUCUUCUUUACAAAUAUGGUGUUGAUCUCAUGAUAUGGGCUCACGAACAUUCUUAUGAAAGACUUUACCCAGUUUAUAAUCAAAAGGUAAGAUAAUAAAGGCGAUUUGGACUUCCAAAAACUUUCAAAUCUCUGGAUGGAAAAAGCCCCAAUGAGCUGAAACAUUCUUUGCAAAGUUUUGACUUUUUAAACCCGCGAUGGCCUCAUGGUUAGUG